AUGCAUCUACUCUGGAGUCUCCUUUUCCUCCUCGGAUUUCUGGCCUUGCCUUUGGCAUUGCACAAGCAGCCUUGGCCUGGCCUGGUCACAGCUCACCCAGGCAGCAAGUCCAUCCUGGCAAGAAUCAUUGCCCAAGGCCUCCUGGAGCACAACGCAGAAGGCCGGAUCCAGAGCAUCCACCAUGUGGACAGUGUGAACAUCUCAGGGCAGGUAGUCCCCGGGAUGGUGGGCUGGCUAAUUGGUAGCAUGAACUUCCGGCAGCAAGAGAUCAGUGUCAACAUUAGCAAUGUGCAGCUGGAUUGUGGGGGAAUCCAGAUGUCUGACCAGAAGGAAUGGAUCUUGGCAAACAUCUCCCUUGAUUUUGACAUGGAAUUGAGACUGCCCUUCAACGUAGACAUCUUCAAGACACAUGCGCACAUGGACCUCUCUGUGGAGUUCUGGCUGGAGAAAGAUCAGUUUGGCAGGAGAGAUCUGGUGCUGGGCAGGUGCCGCAUGGAGCCAGGCAGCGUGAGCACAACCAGUCUCACUGAGACCAUCCCAUCUAAGAUGAAACAAACUCUUCACAGCCUCAAAGAGAACCUGGGGAAAAUCAUCCCAAAUCUGGUGGAAAAUCAGGUGUGCCCUCUGAUUGGCGAGAUCCUCGGGCAGUUGGAUGUGAAGUUGUUGCAAGGACUCAUGGAUAGGACCUCUGAGCCUCAGGAUCUGCAGCAAUGA